GCGCAAUGCCCUAACACCGUGGCCUCGUACAAUCCUGCGCUCCGAACCAUGUCCUCCAACAACACUUGGUUCAUAGUUCCGGUUCCCAAAGCUGCCGUUCAACAGGCUCUAUCCGAAUCAUACCCAGCCGUUGGACUAGUACCAAACAAUCGCCUGUCCUUGCUAGAUGUCCCCAACUUCCCUGCUGGCAUGCAUCCCGUGCUUGUCACAUCUGGAUAUUCUUCCGACAUCCGACAAUCAAUCCUCCAGAUCGACGGACCGUUGUUGGUAUCGGACACGCAGAUCCCGUUUGUGGGCAAAGGAACAAGUAAGAAACCGUUGCUCGCGCCCUUGAACACAUAUCAAGCCGGCACGAGCGACCAGGCAAACAAAGACUUGGCUGCAGUAGUCCCUGCUGCGGUAUCCACACUCAUCGGCGGCCUCUUCGUCCGUCUGGGAAACUUCAUACCAGGAAACGCCGCGUACACAGCAGUUUCCAAUGGCCUUUUCAGCGCCAACUCGAAGUGGGUCAUCUUGCCCAACCCAGCGUCGGGGCCAGGUGCAUACGUUGAAGCCAUUGAUCUCUCGUUCACCACCGUCACUGAAGCACAAUCCAAAUACUCUCUCACUUUCUUGAAGAGCGUGAUCAACCAACCCCAGCUUCUGAACGGCAUCCUUUCUGGUAAAUGCCAACGGAACACAUACUUCUUGACUAACGCGACAGCGGAAGUUGAGUUCAGAUCUGGAAAUGUUACUUUGGGUGCUGCAGCCAGUGGCUCCACCCUGGGCUUGACGGCACAAACGAUGGGUACUCUACAGAAGGCUAGUCCAGAUGGCUUUGGCAACUACAUCGGCGCAGGCGGCUUCUCAGGCUGUGCGCAAGUCGUCGGAUACAACACGACGGGACCUUUGGGACCGGGCACUAUGGGUGAGGACUGCGACGAGGCAUCU